UGCUACUAGUUACAGCUCGUCGAGUUCGUCGCUUAAGUCUUUCGUUAGUUUUUCUGUUUUUGCUUGGUACUACUCUUUUUGUAAUAUUUGUUUGUGUAAUAACGCUUGUGUGCUAACUUGAUUUUUUACGGUUCAUAAUUCUUAUUGGAGACAUUCUUUUCAACGGGCUUUUGUUUUUGUGUUUGUGUUUAUUAUUUGACUGUUGGUCAAACGGGUACAUUAAAGCGCUUUAAACAACGCGGACUUGAAUAACAUUUGAAAAUUACAAAAAAAAUACAAAAAAAAAUACAAUAAAAAAAUUAAAAAUACAAAAAUAAACGAGAAAUUGUUUGUGAAUGUUCGAAUUGCAUACAGAAGUAGUCGGGUGGAUGUGGCAAGCGUAACGCCGUUGUGGCAUUGCACGCGAAGUGAAGUAACCGCCGUCCAGCACAAAAAGAUUUUAUACGAAUAUUAAACAAAAACAGUGCGAGGAUAUUAAGAAAAGUUUAACUUUCUUUCACCGAAAAAAAAACAAAAAAAAAACGUACCUCAAAUUAAAUCCAAAAAGUGCUUUUAAAAAGUUCGAUUAAAAUCUCUUUACAAUACCGCCAUGAGAUCCUUGCGUUUAUCCUCGCUGGCCGCGCUCGCCUCCGCCGCCUGCCUCAUCGGCCUACUGCAGCUCUGCACGUCCGUCAACGCCGAUUAUCCUGGCGUCAUCGAGCUAGUCGGCUACAGCAAUCGGCGCGCACGCACGCAUUACAUGCCACCAGCUGGCGAUAAUCCCACACUCGCCCCACCGCCAGCCAAAAUUCAAGCCGACAUCGAAACGGUCAAAGCGAAUAUCGAGAAGUACAACAAAUUACUAACUUUGGAUACGAAAAAUUUACCCGAAUCACAAAAGGAUAUGCUGGAGCGUAUAGUUGAACGUGUGGCGCGUCUCAAAGAGUCGCUAGACAUCGAUGAUAGCGAGCGCCUGGCAGCGUCAGCUAAGCCCAUCGCGAGCGACGCCACACCACCGGCAGCUACUGACGCCGAAGGCAGUGAAACACUGGCUGCUAAAACUACUGGCAUUACCACAGAGGCCUCUACCCAAGCCGAGGCCGAAACCGAUCCAACGCUGGUCUUGGACGAGACUACACUGCUGCACUUGCAAACCUCCAUGGAUGAGUUGGCCGUCGCACAGGCAGCAGUGACGGCACAAACUUCGAUUGCACGCGACUUGCCCAUGCCCACCACCACAGAAUAUAACUUCAAUAUAGCGCCUGGCAGCGACGACGACAAUGCCGGCGGCGGCGGCGGCGUCGGCAGCAGCAGCGGUGUUGAACCAACGGACAGUGGCACAGAUAGCAGCGAAAAUGAGGACACCACCGAGAGUUUGCUGACAGCAGGUGGCACAGCCGCCGCUGAUUAUCCCACCACUACUGUGGAACCAUUCACCGAUGCCACUGAUGCUGAUGAUCAGUUUGUGGCAGCACGUUCCAACAACAAUAUUCCUGCUGCCUCAAUACGAGCCGAAUCGGAGGAGUCGACGAGCAGCAAUGGAGGUGGCAACAGCGGCAGUGGCAUUACCACAAUUGGCAGCCAGCGUACACUCACCACUAGCGGCAAAUUGACGAAGACGCGUGCCACUAAACGACCCGGCUCUGGAGGUAUUACCAAAACGGGCAUACCAAAGCGAGGCCAGAAACCAGGCGGCACAACUGCUGGCGUACAUCGCAAUAAGCAGAAGUUGGCCACCACUACUACACAACCAUUGCAGGCUUACCAACGUCCACAGCCACAAUAUCAGCAGCCGCAAAAGCAACCACAAUUGCAAUACCAGAAGCCGCCACAAGCAUCGCCACAAUUGCCGCUGUCGGCCACGUCGCCCUUGUAUCAGGCGUCGCAUAAAGUUUCCGUGCCGUCAUCGGCUGCAACAUUUGCCACAGAUAAGACUUCUGCUGCAGCUGCUGCCGCCGCCGCCGCCGCCUCCGCCUCCGCCUCCGCUGCGUCCACAGCAGCCGUAACAUCAGCGUCCGGGGGCUACUCUUCUACACCCAUCACCACAACAUUGGCCAAUAACUAUGGCAAUGUGAACAACGAUAUGGACUACGAGCCGCAAGUCAAUACGUCGGCGUUAAUUGAUAGCCUGAAUAAUGCACGCGAAGAAUUCUAUUUGCAGAAACAAGGCGUCAGCAAUAAGGAUAAGAAACCAUCUGCCACCGCAAAACCCACAAAGUAUCACUACUAUCCACACAAUCAACAUAUUUACUUGCUGCCCGAGUGUGCGAUACAGCAGGUCUGUAAUGCGGUUUAUGUGCGUCUGAAUUACACACAACCAUUGUGUGCCUGUCCAUCAAGAUACCGUGAUCCCUGUUCGGCCAGCUUGAAUGAGGACGAUCAGCAUACAACGAAAUUGGUGGGCGAUAGUAAAAAGAAGCAGGCAAUUACUUUAGCGAAGACAUGCGAGGCCACAACAGAGAUGCGUGAGUGCAACUCGCCCAAGGAUUGGUCCCUAUUGGCGCUACAAAACAUACGCACUGGAAAGUCACAUUAUCUAAUCAUCUGCAGGUGUCCGGAUCAUUUCAAAAUGGAGGGUCCCAUGGCGCAUGAUCAGCCCAAGUAUGCCAGCGUGCCCGGCAUACGCGUCUUCGGUAUGAUGUGCGUGAAGCCCGGUUACUCCGUACGCAAGCCAUCGUCACAACCGCCCAAGCGCUAUCAACUACAGAAACCAUUCUAUCGGCCAGGCACGCAAAGCAACAGCGCCUACAUCAAUGUGCCACAAUAUGGCGUUAAAGACACCUAUGGCCGACCGAGCUCGUCGUCAUCGUUGGCGGCAACUAGCAAUUAUCAUGCGGAAAAUAGUUUCUCAAACCAACACCAAUCAGGCGGCUAUCAAUAUUUGAAUCGACCAGACACUAGCAGCAGCAACAUUAAUCCACAUCAAUCGCUCAGCGUCGGCAGCUACCGACCGGAUACACUCUCCUCGAUUAAUAAUUUCCCAUCUGGUAUUUAUGGGCGCAACAAUGAACGCAAAGGUGAAACACCGAUUGAGGCGGUCAAAGACGAGGAUAAAUCGUUGCAUACCAGCACACAACAAUCUGCUGAAACUGCAGCGGCUGGUGGGGGGGUCGGCAGCGGUGGCAUCGACGAGACAACGUCGUCCAGUGCGAACUUAAAUGGCGACGAUUUGGCUGCUGCUGCAUCACAGCAACUGAACGAAGAGGUGGCACAAUUGCGUCAGAAGCGGGCGGUGGGCGAUGGUGCGACCCACGAUUGGGAUAAUAUUACGCCCGAAUUCCCGUGGGAUCGUGUUAUGGAGUUUCAACAGACAAUCGUCUGGGAUUGAGGUGUAGGCGAAUAAAAGAAUAGGUGAAAGCGAAGCCGAUGGCGGUGGCGGCAGCGGCGGUGGCGUUUAAGUAAUUAUCUUUUCGUUUACAUUUUUUUUUAAGUUUAUUAUUUAAAAGUGAUCGCGGGAUCGGUAGAUGCAGGAAUAAACUAAAUAACUGGUAGUAGAGAGUAAAGUAAGAGAACAAAAGUAAACUUAAGAGCAAGAAGUCGCAGGAGGAGUGCAAGUUUUUUGCAACAAAACUUUAAAGUUAAAGAGGCGUCUUUUUAAUAGUAUAACUUAAAAAACAUACUACUGUGACUGAAAGAAAAAAUUAAAAAUUAAUAACAAUAAUCGAUAAAAUAUAAAUCGAUUAAAAACAUCUCACAGAAGUGCGAAAGAAUAUGAAGGAAUAUAGCGUAAAUUUUAUACGAAAUGCAUAAUAAAUAAGAAAAGAGGCAUAAGAAAAGCGUGAAAAUAUUUUUAAACAAUUAAAAGCGAAAAACUAUCGCAUGUAUAUUUAAAAAAAAAAUAUUUCGACUAAAAAAAGUAAACAUGACUAAUUUUGAAACAUCGAGUCAAUUUCAAGUGAGAGCUUAGCAUUUAUCUAAACAUAGAGGC